GCCGCUUAAAGGGGUACGGCCUGGGGCUGCAGGAGGCCCUUUGCACCAUGAGGCCCUGGCUGCUCCCGCUGCUGCUGCUGCUCCUGGCGGGGCCCCCGGCUGUGCGGCCUGCGCCCCCGACCUGCUACUCCCGGAUGCUGGGCCUGAGCCGGGAGAUCAGCCGGGACUUCCAGAGGCUGCAGGCCGCGGAGCCCUCGGAGCUGUGUGUGAUGUACCUGCCCCGGCUGUACCUGGACAUCCACAACUACUGCGUGCUGGCCAAGCUGCGGGACUUCGUGGCCUCGCCCCACUGCUGGCGAGUGGCCCCAGUGGACGCCCUGAAGGAUAAAGUGCGGAAACUCUACACCAUCAUGAACUCCUUCUGCAGGAGGGACCUGGUGUUCCUGUCCGAUGACUGCAGCGCCUUGGACUACCCCAUCCCAGCCACCACGGUCCCGCCCGACCCGCAAGGCUGAGGCGGCUCAGCCCAGAGAGAGAGCGGGGCUGAAGGCGGUCAGCCGCCCGGGCACUGGGCUGAGUCCUUCCCCUCAGGGCUCCCGUUCGCUGUCGCAUCCCACGCUGUCACACGCCUCUCCAGCGUGGGAAAGCAGGCUGGUGCCGACCCUGGAACUCCCUCGAGCCCGUUAGACCCCUGCUCCCCGCACCCGCUGGGCUGGCAGGCACUCAGGCGCACAGCGCAGGUGCACUUGGAAGGUGCGAGCCAGCUUCUCCUGGGAACAGCCGUGUGAGAACAAGCGAAAUAACACGCGUGCUCGCGGUUCUCCUUGGAGGGGGUGGCGGUACCGCGUUUCUCUUUCUCCACGGGAACCUGCUUGCAUUUAACCAAACUCCUGUUUCACACCUGCUCCUGCCAUGAGCUCCCCCGAGCUGCUUGCAUUGUGAGGAAGCGUUGCUGCCUGCAUGUGUGCUAGCGAGGCCCGCAGUUACCGGGCGCGACGGGAGCCACUCCUCAUUGAAAGGCGACCACACGCAAAUAAAGACAAUCCCUCCAGCGAGACGCGCGUCAGUGGCCUCAGUGCCUGUCUCCCGGUCUCCGAGAGCCGCUGCUCUCAGCCAGACGCCCUUCCCCCCCUUUCCCACUCGCCCAUGCUCCUGGGACAGUCAUCCGCCUGUGUGACUGUCCUCAAGGCGUCGGGAGGUGCUCCGGCUGGGUUGGGGACCCAUGGGCGGGGUGGUGCCUGGUCCCGAUUGCAAACAUCGGUCCACGGAGUCCUCCUAACAUGCCCAGGACGGCAGCGUAGGGGCCGGAGGCUCAUGUCCAUGAAGUAACUUGCCAAAGGUCCCCAGCCAGU